AUGGCGGCGCGUCGUACUAUGUCCGUCCAGUUUCUGGGUACCUCAUCGGGUGGUGGGCCCACGGAAUCAAGAAACUGUUCCUCUCUCGUUAUUGAUUGCCUCGGCAACGACACUUUAUGGAUGGUUGACUGUGCAGAAGGAACAACACGACAAUUCGCGUUCCAAUCUCCCGCAACGCCCAUGUGGCUGAAACCUAAUAAAGUUGCCAAAAUGUUCAUCACACAUAUGCAUGCUGACCACGUCAUGGGUAUCAUACCUUUUCUUCGGCAUAUAUUGUACCCACCGCCUGUGAAUCCAUCCACCUCCUCAAAUCAUUCGGUGCCCCAGCCUAAAAUCGAGAUUUUUGGACCCGCUGGUCUACGAUUCUUUGUUCGCUCGAUUCUCAAGAUGACCCUUACACGCACCUUGGACAAAUAUGUCGUUCAUGAACUACUCCGGGCCGACGACACCCCGACCACUUACGGGUUCUGGAGAGAGCUUACCCGCGGUCAUGGUCCAAGUGUUCUUGGUGAUAUCAUAGUCGAUGCGGGUCCGAUCCUCCAUCGUGACCCAUGUCUAGGAUACACCUUUACUGAAGAAGACGGACUACGGCGACAAAUCGUUGUUCUGGGAGAUACUUAUGAUGCCUCUGCUAUCAUUCCACUUUGUCGAAGUCCGUCGCUUGUUAUUCACGAAGCCACCGAUGGGCACAUUCCGCACGAAAUCCAGCCCUCAAACAAGCGCACACCUGAGACGGUUCAGAUGACAAGUCUCGCUCGUGGUCAUUCUAUCCCUGCAAACGCCGGUCAGUUCGCCAAAGCCGUUGGUGCGGAAAGACUAGUCCUCAACCAUAUUGGUGGCCGCUUUCCAGUUCCUCGGCACGACCGUGACCCGCGGUUGCAUAUAAUACGAGAACUGGAGCGUCAAGCAACAGAAAGUUGGGGGUCUGGCCAGCGUGCUAUGGUUGCAUGGGAUUUUUGUCGAGUUACUCUUCAUCACCCUGAAGAGGAUUUACACGUAAUGGGUCAAGUCUCUUCCAUCGACGAUCCCUCUCGUGUUACAACAGUCGCCGCCAACGAUGGCAAGACUGGGUCGGCCCGGGAGAUCAGCUACACAAACUACAAGGUCAUUGGCAAUGGGUCGUUUGGUGUUGUCUACCAGGCCAAACUUGUCCCUACUGGCGACGAGAUUGCCAUCAAGAAAGUCCUCCAAGACAAGCGUUUCAAGAAUCGCGAGCUGCAGAUUAUGAGGCUCGUGUCUCAUCCAAAUGUCGUCGAUCUUGAAGCUUUCUUUUAUAUUAGUGGUGAAAAGCCUGCACAGAAGGACGAGGUCUAUCUGAAUCUUGUUCUGGAGUACGUUCCGGAGACGGUCUAUCGUGCGAGUCGUCACUACGCCAAGCUGAAGCAACCGAUGCCAAUGCUCCAAAUCAAGCUGUACAUGUACCAACUUUUGCGUUCACUCGCCUACAUCCAUUCGCUCGGCAUAUGCCAUCGAGACAUCAAACCUCAGAACCUACUCCUCAACCCUUCGACUGGUGUACUGAAAUUAUGUGACUUCGGCUCAGCCAAGAUACUCGUCGCAGGUGAACCCAAUGUCAGCUAUAUCUGCUCCCGAUAUUAUCGCGCACCGGAAUUGAUAUUUGGUGCCACCAAUUAUACCACCAACAUUGACAUUUGGUCAACUGGGUGUGUGAUGGCGGAGUUAAUGAUGGGCCAGCCGUUGUUUCCUGGAGAGAGUGGCAUUGACCAGUUGGUGGAAAUCAUCAAGAUACUCGGCACACCAUCGAGGGAGCAAAUUAAGACGAUGAACCCCAACUAUAUGGAACACAAAUUCCCUCAAAUUCGCCCUCAUCCCUUCUCAAAAGUCUUCCGACCACGGACUGCGCCAGAAGCGAUUGACCUCGUGUCGAAACUACUGGAAUAUACUCCUUCCGCCCGGUUGAGCGCUGUUGAGGCAAUGGUCCAUCCUUUCUUUGACGAGUUGCGCACUGAAGGGGCUCGGAUGCCCAACGGCAAGCCCUUUCCGCCGCUGUUUGAUUUUACACGCGAAGAGCUCUCUGUACGACCAGACCUCGAUAGGAGACUUGUGCCGCCUCACUGCGAGUCAGAGUUGGCGACAAGGGGAAUAGUUUUGGAUUCUUUUGUACCGAUACCGCUGGACGAGCUCAAGAUUACGUUGGACUGA